AUUUUCAAAUCAAAGGAUAUAGGACGAAAAAUCAAAAUAUAAACAAAGCAAGUUACACGUUUUGCUAAGCGAUUUCAAUUUCAAAUAAUGGAUUUUUCAUAUGACUGUGAUAUAAAGGAAGAAACGGAAUUCGUUGUAUAUCUGGAGGAUUCAAAUGAGUUGUGUAUAGAUGAGGAAAUUCGAAAAAUAAACCAGUUUGGGAUAGAAGAAAUUGUCGCUGUAGGCUACAAGCACUUGGAUGAUUUGCAAAGGUGCUUUCGUUGCAAUAGACUUUUUAUAGACAGCUACAGCCUACAGCGACAUAACAUAACACAUUUAUUUGUGCAACUAGUCAAAUUGCCCGAUGAAAUAUUAGGCUCCUAUGGAUCAUUAAACAUUUUAAGGGUUGAAAUGAACCAAACAAACUUACAAAACAAUAUAAAAUUGGAACCUGUAACAGGUCCUGAUGAUAUAGUAAUAAAAUGUGAAUAUAUUGAGUUUAAUCCUGAGGACCAAUGUAUUGACAACAUUAAGAAAUCUGAUAAUAAUAACGAAUUUAGCUCAAAAUGUAUUAAAGAAAAUGAAAAAACUUCUAUAAAUGCUGAAAUUAACACAGUUGAAGACAUCAAAAAAGAAAUAACUGAAGACAAUAAUAAUUUAGAGCAUCAAGUAAUUAUUAACAACUACGAAACUACUGAUAAAAUUUCCGAAACGAAUAAUAUCUCUAAAGAUACAGAACAUCAUACAAAUGAAGAUUUAAAAAAAAUAAUAAGCAUAGACAAUAACAACGAACAUCUACCAAUAACGAAAAGACCACACCAAUGUGUAAUUUGCCAUAAGACUUUCAAUUACAAGCAUUGGCAUGCGCAUAUGAGUGAUGUACACUCGCAACGAACAUAUCAAUGUGACAUUUGCAAAAAGAUAUAUAAAUGCAAAAAGAAUUUGAAAAGACACCCGUGUCUGGUUGGUAAUAAAAUGAAAAGAAAUAAUAACGAAAAGAGUGCGAACAAGAAAAUUGAAAUCGUAAACAUUGGGAAAGCCGAAUGUAGACAAUGCGAUGCUACUUUUGACAGCAAAGAUUGUAUGCAAAAACACGUAAGGAACGUACACAGUAAGCCUGUUCAUUGUGAAAUUUGCAAUUCCAGAUUGGCAAGUGAAGUUUAUUUAGCAGCGCACAUUAGGAGAGUCCAUUACGAUGACGGGAAAGUCCAUAGUUGUGAGCUGUGCGGAAAGAUAUUCAAGUCCCCUAGAUACGUUACUGUUCAUAUGAAAAAUAGUCAUUAUGUUAGCUCUAAGAAGAAGAUAAGGUAGUUCAAGUAUCGAGCCAGUCAAUACUGCACACCCUGGUAACUUAGUUUCCGGUGUAGGAGGAACUAGGGCCCAGCAGCUCCACUCCGGAAUACCCGAGAAAUGGGCCAGGCGACCCUUGGAACAUUCAGUAAAAUUGCCAAGGAUAGGUGUGAUCAAAAUGGCAACAUAUUAUCAAAUCUUCGGUUUCAUAUUGGUUUAAAAAAUCAAUGUAAUGUAAGCUAGCUCCUAUUACUGUUCUUUCUUUCUCUCUCGCACAUCUUUUCUCCUGUUUUCUUAAUUCUCCACUUCCUGCUACAUGGAAACAUCUGUCAACGUUUGUAAAUAAUGGGGUAGACGUCUCACUUUUUUAUUUUGUACAUCUUGUCUAACAUUGGUGCUGCGUGGUUUCCAGCACUAGUAGGAAAGCGAAUAAGACCACUCCAUCUCUUUCCCAUGGAUGUCGUAAAAGCCGACUAAGGGAUAGACUUAUAAACUUGAGAUUCUUCUUUAAGGCCUGUCGCUAUUUGAAUCUCAAUACUAUCAGUAAGCUUAACAGCUCAACAUGUCCUAUCAGUCUUUCAAGACUGCUGGCUUUGUUGUGUCUUCCCCGCAAGGACGUGAUUAUAUGAAUGAAUGUAUGUUGUUGUAUUGUUAUUGUUGUGGAUGAAGCGAAGGAAGUAUGUAGAGAUUGUGGCAAGUGGAAAUAGGUAGUCUCUGCCUACCCCUCCGGGAAAGGCGUGAUUUUAUGUAAUGUAUGUUAUCUAACAUCUUGCUCACAAGAUCUAUGCAGAAGGCAACCAACGGACAAUAUGGCUUUUCUUUUGAGCACCACGAAUUUAGUGAAAUCAUCAACUAUUUAUGACUCUGAAGGUAGUUAUAGCCAACAGGCUUCUACAGGACAUGACCGUUCCAGCGUGGCUAGCGUGGUGCGCGCGUUAACUUUUUAUUUCCCGCGCUUAACUAUCGCUGUCCCAUUACACGUCAUAAUAAAAAGCGAAACAGCGAUAGUUUAUCGCGUGCUAUGCUACCCCUGUUGAGUAGGAAAUUUUAUGUCACCCAUGAGAAAAAAUGAUGUGCUAGUGAAAGGUAUUAAAUUUUUCUUAAUGUUUGCAUUUCUUGAUUGUUUCAGUGAUUCUUUGCAAAUAAAUUUCUUUUACAUUAAAGUUUAGCUCUA